UGGUUACGUCUGCCUCUGCCUCAGCCCAGCACAAUUCAGGUGCUCUCCUCCCCCUCCCAGUACAUCCAGGUGUGUCAUUUAGCACAGCCUUGCCUCCAAUCCACCUCCCUCCCUUGCGGAGAGACAACUGGCAAGGUUAAUUCAAAGAGAAGAGCCAGUGGAGAGACCUACCCUCUUCUCAGGGGCUGAGGAAGGAGCGAGGGUGAGAGAACAAGUGGUGGAGAAGAGCCAGCUUGCAAUGGAAACAGGGAGCGCAGCCAGGACCAACGGCACCGCUGUGAACCAAGAGGAUGUGAAGAGCCUGUCCAGCCCGAAGCAAAAUGGAGAGGAAACCAAGAAGUCCACCAGCCCCAGCAGGGCCCAGGAGACGGCGAAGAGCACCGGGGGCUCGUCUCUGGAGACGGGGCAAGCGAAGAGCUCGCUCUUCCCUGGCGGGGAAUGGAAGAGGCCCAUCAUCCAGCUGGUGGAGUCAGCCGAUGAGAAGCGGUCGAGCUACUUCAGCGUGGACUCGGGGGACGCCAAGAAGUUGCCGUACUCAGGAGUGCAGCUGGGAGACUUCAGGAAGCCCCCGCUCUCAUUCACAGAGAAGGGGGACUUCAAGAAACCCUUCCUGGCAGCAGAGCUGAAGAAGAACUUCUUGGCCAGCGAUGGGGAAGGAAGGAAGCCACUGUUUCCGAGCUCGCAGUUUGGGGACCUGAAGAAGCCGUCUCUCCCUUUUGUAGAGACCGGGGACCUGAGGAAACUCAACUUCAACCGGCCUGAGCGCGUGGCCGGGUCAAGGCCCAGGGCGAAGCUGGAAGACGUCCUGUGCGACUCCUGCAUCGACAACAAGCAGAAGGCCGUGAAGUCCUGCCUGGUGUGCCAGGCGUCCUUCUGUGACCUGCAUCUCAAGCCCCAUCUGGAGGGCGCCGCUUUCCGGGAUCACCAGCUGCUGGACCCCAUCAGGGACUUUGAGGCGCGGAAGUGCCCGGUGCACGGGAAGACCAUGGAGCUGUUUUGUCAGACCGACCAGAUGUGCAUCUGCUACCUCUGCAUGUUCCAGGAGCACAAGAACCACAGCACGGUGACGGUGGAGGUCGAGAAAGCAGGGAAGGAGGCUGAGCUCUCGCUGCAGAAGGAGCAGCUGCAGCUGAAGAUCAUCGAGAUCGAAGAUGAGGUGGAUAAGUGGCAGAAGGAGAAGGACCGCAUCAAGAACUUCACCACCAACGAGAAAGCCACGGUGGACCAGCAUUUCAAAGAGCUGGUCCGUGACCUGCAGAUGCAGCGGGACGAGGUGAAAGCUGCCUUGGAACAGAGGGAAAAGCUAGCGAGUGAGAACAUCAAAGAAAUUGUGCAGGAGCUGGAAGAGAGGGCCAAGUUGCUGCAGGAGGACAAGGACACCAGGGACCAGAUACAUCAGAUCAGCGACUCGGUGCUCUUCCUGCAGGAAUUUGGGACUUUGAUGAGGAACUACGUCCCCCCGGCAUCUCUCCCCACCUACAGUGUCCUGCUGGAAGGAGACGGCAUGAGUCCUUCCAUGGGGCUUCUCCGGGACGACCUGCUGAAUGUCUGCAUGAGGCACGUGGAGAAGAUCUGCAAGGCAGACCUUGGCCGAAACUUCAUCGAGAGGAACCACAUGGAGAACGGUGAUCACCGCUACAUGUUUAACAACUACGACUGGAACCAGCCUGACAGCCUGAAGAGAUUCUCCAUGUACCUGUCUCCUAAAGGCAAUUUCAACACGCGAUCCUGGGAGUAUUCCACCCUGCAAGCUACAGAGGAGGCUCUUGGUGCUGGCAACCCUGCCUUCUUGAAAGUAGGCAAUGGCACCAAGCUGCCAUUUCAGUUCUCCUCGAUGGGACAGAGCUCACCUGGGGACUUCAGCAAGCAGUCUGAUGGGAGCCUCUACACCAAGAAUGUUUACCCUUCAAUAGUGAGGCACCAGUCUGCCAAGGUGACACCCCAGACAUGGAAAUCCUCCAAGCAGUCUGUGCUGUCCCAGUACCGCCCCUUUUACGUCAACAAAGGCAACGGAGUCACCUCCAAUGAGGCGCCUUGAUUCCUGGGACCCACGGGAACAGCUGGAAGCACCUGGAGCCACGCAUCAACAGAGGAUAUUCAUGGAUGUACCUGCUACUGUAUUAACCUUGCUGCUGUAAUCUCUGGGGGGCGGGGGGCGGUCUGCGCGAGGGGAAACGAGGACUGUCCCCAAUUCCUAGUUGCCACGGGGCCAUUUCCUGUUUCCCUUGAAAGCUCUGCCGCCCCAGAGACCCAUAACCAGGCAAACCCUCCUCUGCUCUAGCCUCUGCACUGCCUGCCAUGCACCACCACCCUCCCCGCUCUGCUUCUCUUGGGGAGCCAGGGAUCUUGGGUGGCGUGCACAUGGAGCCCGUUCCCUUGCAUGCUAGCAUGGCCCAUUGCUUCCUGCUAUCCCGAGUGCCUUUGCAUGAACAUAAACCAUGCUGAGUGAGUUUUCAGUGCUAGCGUAGGAGGUGAAGUUGAGAGCCCUGCAGCCUGAAGUCAAUAGCACAGGGAAAAGCAAGCUCCCUUCAGGUCCCUCUACACAGAUAUUUCCCCCUGACCUGUGUUUCUAUCUCUGGGGGGUGGAGGGGACCAGCUCCAUCCUUGGCACCCUUUCAGCCUCCUUGCCAGUUUUCUGGGGUGAGUCCUGGCAACUCAUCUCCUGCCGGCUGCUGACCGACGAGCUGUCACUCGGGAGCUGCUUGCAGUUCCCGUGGCUCAGAGCCGGCUGGCAGUUGAUAGCGGAGAGGCUCUGUAUCCCAUGAAUUGCCACCUUUUCAAAUUCAAGCCACUCCAGCCACCUUUUCAAAUUAAAAAAAACACAAGGAAAAUCCAUGCUGCUAAUGGAAGAUUGAUUAGAUGUCGCAGGUGACUUUUUUAUUUUCUUUUUUUAUUCCCCGUACAUGAAAUUGGUCUGUGUAUCUGAGGUCAGUUCUUUUUUCUCUGGGACAGGAAUUCAUACCACUUGGUUGCUUUUAGGGUAAUUAUUUCAGGACUUUAUCCGUCCUCUGGAUCAUGAUCACAUGGGCGCUGCCAGCCAGGAACCGGGGCUAACGCGCCGAUGAUCUGAGUAUUCCCCCUCCAGACGGUGGGAUGGGACCGGUGCUGCUCUGUGACCAUCAGGGCCCCAUGUAGCCAAACAUAGAGCAUCGCCGCCUGCGAGGGGCCAAGCGAUCUCAGCUCUCACUAGCUUCAAUGUCUAGCAGUGGGGACUAGCGGCAUGGUGCCUGGCUCUCUGACUACAAAAAGCAGCUGCUGAGCAAGGAAGCGAGGGCUCGCAGACUCCUCUUCAUGCUUUGUUCAGCUUGGGUCUCUCUUGGAAUCGCCUCCCCCCAACCCACGGCUGUACCCCCACGCCUGGCUGGGAAAGGUCGCACCUCCCGUAUGCUGAAAAUGAUUUUGGAGCUAACCCUCUGCUUUUUAAUCUGACACCUCCAACAAAACUUUGGAGGCUGAAAGAUGCCAGCUCCUGAAUAGGUGAUAUGCCACUCCUUUUCUAGGCGUGUUUUAAAUAAAGAGGCCCAGGCGGGUGUGUGGCUUGGAAGGCGCUGGGAUUGGGGAUGUGGCUGUUUGGAGGAAAACGAUCCUAGGUAGGCAUGUGCGUGCACGUGAGAGCGAUGCUGACAAAAGGCUGAUUCGUAGCUCCUCCAUCCAGGGGCCGUGGGGGUGGGAAACACACAGGUGCUCAAGCCACGCGCCCAGGCAAACAGCACACGAUAACGGCAUUUGUACAGGGAAGGGGCCGUGGUGCACUGGCUGGGGUGCCAGGACAGGGUACGCGAGAAGAGGAUUUCCUCAGCUGCCUCACCGGCAGGUCGUAGGGAUGUUCAUGCUAUUUUU